AUGGGUUUUGUUAUCUCUUCAAGCGAUACGUAUGACAUUGUUGACGAGCGUGCGUACUACAACGACUUGUACGAAGGAUUAGGAGUGAUGUUAAACGAAAGCCUUUUUCUUAUCAAUGGUCCAUUCCUAAUGGAUAGCCAAUUUGAAGCUAUGAAGAGGGAAGGACGGCGCAUUCGAAAGAGAAAGAAACCGAGUACCACCAUGAACGAAACUAGUGAAGAAGUUGCUGCUAUUGAGAAAAUAUCGAGAGAAAUCCGAGAAGUAGGGCAACGUAGCGGUUACUUCUGCAGCCAGUUGAUCCAUGACAACAACCGUGUUGCAAAAGCCGCAGCUCAUGAGGUUGUGAAUCGGAGUAUUGUGUUCUAUAGGCCGAAAACAAUCUCCUCUGCAGAGAUUACAAUUCUUGAAGAUAACAGUGAUUUCAUUGUUGAUCGUGAAUAUUGUAUGCUUAAUUCAUGGUACAGAAAUUCAAGCGACUCAUGUAUCCGCUUAAAUGUGUCAAAGUCUGAAGGUGAACGUUCAUCUACUUACUACAUGCCACCCCGGUCAACAUUUCACAUAGGCGCUGUCUCAGAUUUGAAAAAUUUUGCUGCAUUGAAUGGGGAAACAUUCGACUUAAUGGUAAUGGAUCCUCCUUGGGAUAAUCUUUCAGUGAAAAGGCAGCGGAGCUAUGUCGUUAGUGAUACAGCCAUAUCUUCGAUUGACAUGGAGUGUCUAGCGUCUGAUGGUUUGGUUGCUAUCUGGGUCACUAACCGAAAAGGUAUUGAUCAGGACCUUGAUGUUCAUUUGCAAAGAUGGGGCUUACAAAGUAUUACUGCUUUUUUCUGGUUAAAGGUCACGAAAGAAGGCGAUCCUGUCUGUAGCUUUAACGCUUCUCAUAAGUUACCAUAUGAGAAGUUAGUGUUAGCAUGCCGCACCGAAGCUGCAUCCAUUUAUGAGUCCAUUUCUUCCGCUAACGGGAAUGUUUUUGCGAGCGUUCCAAUGGCACUACCUUCUCGAAAACCACCCGUCGUACCCAUUCUAAAACGGUACGGGAUUUGUCCCACUCGGUGCGUUGAGCUUUUCGCCAGAUGUCUACAGCCGAAUACAGUAUCUAUCGGAUUUGAGUCACUUCUCUUGCAGUCAUCAGCCUGCUUUGUUCCCAUGGAGAUGAAGGAUGUGGCCAACUCGGAACAAAUAAGGGCCGCUGGAGAGUCGCCGACAGUUAUUUUCACCGAUGACCGCAACGCAACCGCAACACUCACGCAGGUCCCUUUCACCCACCUUCCACCUGUCCUCCCCCAACCGAACGCGCUCCGCGGCGGCGGCAAGGUCAAAGAUAAGGGUUUGCGCCGAUUUGCAGAACAAUGUCCAACGUACUCAUCGUUGGCGGUCUCGAGUGGAACAGGAUUCUGUUAUGGGUCAUGGAAAGAAAGGGUGUGA